GUAAAUCCUUUUCAGAUGAUGCGAUUUAGUGGUAACGAUGAAUACAAACAAUCGGAGCUUACCAAUAAAGCAGGAGUAGGUGAUGAAGAGUGCGAGAACGGUGAUAAUCCCAUAUUCCGACAAUAUUCGCCUCGACCGUCAACACCUAAAAAAUCUUCACCACCAACACCCACAAGAACACGACGUCAUUCCUUAAAAUCAGAAGAGAAGUAUAAUCUGUCUUCGCCGCCAAAAGGCUACACUCCAAACAAAAUUGUUACCCCUGCAGAUGCUGCCGCUGUGCUGGCUGCCUCACUGACAUCACACAAAGACAAUUAUAUAAACUAUGAUAGUAAAAAAUUAUAUUAUUCUCAUCCAUACAAAUAUAACGAAGAAAAGCCAUCAAAAAGACAGUUAAGGCGUAGUAAUAGCUUUAAUCACUCUACUAACCAAGUUAUUGAUGUUGCAGAAGUGUUAGCUACGACAGUUUCUUUUGUACGAGACAAUAAUAGAAAAUUAGAUCGGCUUUCAGACGAGGUUAGAAGUGAACAAAGCAGUGAAAACGACAUGGACUCGGAUGACAGUGAUUCAUGGCCAUCUAGCAGGAGGGAGAUUGAAAAUGAAAUCAAACAGUUGUCUACUAAAUUGGAGUCGAUGAAACUAAAAUAUGAGGAGCAAAUCCGCGGAAAAAACAGGUUAAUAGAGGAGCUUGAAUAUGCCUUGAAGAAAAGUGAGAAAGACGGUAGAAAGAAACGUAGUGAAAUUGAACGCUUGGAAACCCAGAUAGAAGCUCAAAAAAGAGCAAUAGACGAACUGGUUGAACAGCAAAAUUUGAUCGCUAGAAGUCAAUCUCCUGAUCCUGAACAAGCUGAAGCUAUUCGACUUCUUGCUCAAGAACUAGAUGAAAAAAAUAAAGUUAUCGAUGAACUUGAAAAAAAGAUUCAAGUAGCUUCCGCCAAUCAUGCAAAUAAU